CGGGGAGGUGCCGGUUCGCUCACGCUCCGGGGCGGAGUUACUUUCGGCGGGCAUUUUGUUGGCGCUCUCUCCGUUUCUGUGUCUGUGGGGUUGGGUGUCGGCGGGUACGGAGUAGCUGCUCGGGAAUCGGUUGUCGGUGUCCACUUCUCUUCGUGAAAUACCAUGACAGCAUCUUUGGAAAACUUGUCAAAAGAUGCAUUCAAUCUGACUCACAAUAAUCAAUUGAAGAAUGAUUCUGGUAAAGAAAAUGAAGAUGGUUGCAAACUUUCAACAGAGAUUAAAAUGGAUAUUGAAAGACUAUAUGAAGCAGUACCUCAGUUAUCCAAGAUAUUUUUUAUUGAGGAUAAAAUUGGUGAAGGUACAUUCAGUUCUGUAUAUUUGGCCACUGCUCAGUUGAAGUCAGGAAUGGUAGAGAAGUUUGCACUUAAACAUCUAAUUCCCACAAGCCAUCCAGUGCGAAUUGCUGCUGAACUUCAGUGUCUGACAGUUGCUGGGGGUCAAGACAAUGUAAUGGGAGUUAAAUACUGCUUAAGGAAAGAUGAUCAUGUGGUUAUUGUCAUGCCAUAUCUAGAACAUGAGUCUUUUUUGGAUCUUCUGAGUUCUAUGAAGUUGGAAGAUGUACAGGAGUAUAUGUACAACUUAUUAAAAGCCUUGAAACGCAUUCAUCACUUUGGCAUCAUUCAUCGUGAUAUCAAGCCAAGCAACUUCCUGUACAAUGGGCGCCUGAAAAAGUAUGCACUGGUGGACUUUGGUUUAGCCCAGGGUACACCUGACACUAAAAUAGAACUCCUUAAAGUUGUAAAGACCGAGGACAAACAGGGAAGCUGCUCAAAGAAUAAACCGACAACCAGCACUGGAAAUAAGCUUCCUGUCACUGGAACAGCGAAUAAACCUCUGGCUCAACAGGCUAUUGGCAAACAGCCUAUUAAACGGGCCUGGCCUCUUUCAAAAGCUAAACAUGGAAAGGGAGAUUCAUCAGUUCCACGCUCUGUAUUUGGGGAAAGAAAUUUGAAUGUCCGUAGCACUGACGUUUUUGAAGGUACAAGCAGUAAGCCAGUGAGACCUACAAAAAAUGCAGAUGUUCCAUCCAGAAAAAUAAUAGUGGCAAAACGCAAGAUAACAACUAAUUGUACAACAGGCAGCUUAAGCCGGAGGCAUGCCGUUUGUCCAUCAGAACUAACUUGUGAUUGUUACACAACAGAUAGGAUUUGCAGUGUUUGUCUCUCAAGACGCCAACAAGUUGCCCCAAGAGCAGGUACUCCAGGAUUCAGAGCACCAGAAGUCUUAAUGAAAUGCCCACAUCAGACUUCAGCUAUCGACAUGUGGUCUGCAGGCGUCGUCUUUCUCUCCUUGCUGAGUGCCCGAUACCCAUUUUUCAAAGCCAGUGAUGAUUUGACUGCUUUGGCACAGAUCAUGGCUAUCCGUGGAUCGAAGGAAACCAUUCAGGCUGCUAAAUCAUUUGGUAAAGCUGUUUCAUGUAGCAAGGAAUGUCCAAAAUUGGAUUUGAAGACUUUGUGUGAAAGACUGCGAGGAACAGAUUGUUCAAGUAAAAGAAUAUCAAACCAAAAAAUUGAGCCAAAGGAGGGAUUACGUAUUGCUGGCAAUGUACCAGGUCCAACUGGAAAGGAUGAUGAAAAGACUGAUUCCUUGAUAUAUAAAGAAGAGUUUCACAGCCAACCAAGAACAGUCAAACAGGAUAUUCAGGGGGACUCUGAUUUCAAAAGCACAGCUAGAUCAUCAGAUACAAAGGGCUGGAAUAGAGUUCCAGACCUAGCAUAUGACCUUCUAGACAAGCUUUUAGAUUUGAAUCCAGCAACUAGGAUAACGGCAGAAAAGGCUUUGAAGCACCCGUUCUUUGAAAACAUGUAACUCAUUUGGAUAUUAUAUGAUGUAUGUUGCAUGUGUGGGAUGAGCACAGAAUUACAUGAUUUAAUACUGGUAGGUGCUUAUUUCAAGCAGAUUUUGUUGACUUCAGUUCUGAAUUUUAUACCAAUUGAGUUAAACCUCCUCUUUCAAUCCAGCCAUUGAAUUUUUUUUUCCUUCAUGUUCCUGACCACCGCCAUUCCCUUGUCCCCUUUCUCCAAUCCAUUGCUCUCUUGAAAGAGCUUAAAUGCAAAGCUGUCUUUUAAACAAACGAAUACAUCGGAUGAUUUUAAAAAUCAUUGUAUUUUUCUUCCUAACACUUCUAUGGCACACAACAAUGCACACAGAGGCAAAACAUGUAGGAGAUCUGCUCAUCUCAGCCCAUGUUCCUGAAGAAUCCACCGCCUGGAUUGACUGAUAUUCAGAUUCGUGGCGCAGCUGUGGUUGAAGCUAACAUAAGACCAUGUGAAAUUCAUCUCACCAACAAUGUGAAUGUCAAUGUGAACUUUUUUUUUGAAAAACAGCUGGAGGAAUUGCACCCAUUUGGAAUUUGCAUACUUUCAAUAAUACUGCCUGGUGCUAUUUGCAUUAUUUCACAUUUGAAUAUUUUGCUUUAAAUUUAUGCUCUAAAUUUAAUUCAAACUACUGUCUUUAAACAAAACGAUGUGGCCAUCUUGCCUACCUCAAAAGCCAUGAUAUUAAACACAUUCCUAGUCACAUCAGUUAUUGGUUACAAUAGCAUUUAUUAACAGCAAGAGUUAUUUGACAGCUUGUGCGAACAGAAGAGAACAAAAUUGAAAUAAAUAUUUAUUUACUUCUGAUCUGUUGGCAUUCAUCUUUAUCUCUGAAUUUUGUGGCAUCCUGAAAAUGUUUAUGCAGUUACCUUGUGCUUGUUUAGUUCUGUUUUUUUUUAUAAUUAUAGAAUUUUUCUUUGUAGUGUUGAUUAAACCUAACUGCCAAAACUGUUUUUAUAAUUUUUUUUCAGACAUCUGGCAAAACAUUAAAAUACUUCAAAAUGUU